AUGGAACUAAAGGGUCCUUCCAAACUCGAAAUUGGUGCAUUGAACUCGCAUAUGGAAGUCCAUGAGAGAGGGAGGAGGGAGAGGAGAGAACUUGACACCGGGAGGAGAAUGCCCGCCGUCGCCCACGCCACCGCAACCACAGUCCGAUCGGCGUCCAAGACUUCUCCGCUUCUCUCUCCUGCCGUUUUCGCUGCUUUUGUUGCUUACCGGUAUAAGGGUGAGCUUGCGGACGGAUGUAAGAAGAUCUUUGGGGCCAAUGAGCCAUUGUCAAGUAGCUCAAGUGUAGCUUGCGAGUCUAACUUGCCUGCGUUGCCUAUUUUGUCAAUCAGCAGAGAUUCACGUGUUGGAUCUUAUCAACCUCUGCAUGCCUGUUCUUCUAAAGGGAACACAUUGUCACCUCUUCCUUCUGCAUCAUCUUCAAUUUUCGGAGAUCUGGACAGGUUAUUAAACACAAAACCCUGGUCACCUGCACAGAGAAGAUCCCUGAAGCCCCCAAGAGCACUGCAUAAGAAUGAACUUUUUGGUUUCCGCUACCCUGUAUUAGCUGAGAAGCCUGAAUGGUGGUGGAGGACGCUGGCAUGUGUUCCUUAUUUAAUUGCUUUGCAAAUAUCGGAUACAGGAUAUUUUAUCCAACCCUUCCUUGAACACUAUGAGGUUCCAUCUGAUGAUGGGCAUGCUAUUGGAAACAGCCCUGCAUAUCCUGUGUGCAUAAGGUGUGCUCUUGCGGGCGGUUAUGCUCACCUCCCUUUAGUAAGUGAUGCUGCAUACAUUCAUACUCUGUUCAACAUAGGAGAGCUUAAAUUUGAGAUGAGGAGGAGACCAGUGGACUUUAGGCGGCCGGGAAGGAGGAGGAUAUCAAAUGUGGUGUGGUGGACUUUGUGUGGUAUAUUUGUGUUGCUGUUUAUAGUUAUUUUUAGCAAAGAGAGUCAUAUUGAAUCAAGACCCACCAGCUCUAAUAAGGACUAUACCAAGUAUGAGAAAAACAUUGAAGGCUUAAACAUUACUGAUGAAAUGUUGAGCCCCAACUCAGUCACCAGGCAACUUAGCGACCAAAUUUCUCUUGCAAAAGCUUUUGUUGUGAUUGCAAAAGAAAGUAAUAAUCUGCAGUUUGCUUGGGAAUUAAGUGCCCAAAUACGCAAUUCCCAGGUCCUCCUUUCAAACGCUGCAACAAGGCGAGCUCCUUUAACAACCAGAGAAUCAGAAACUGCAAUCCGUGACAUGGCACUUUUGCUCUUCCAAGCUCAGCAAUUUCAUUAUGAUAGUGCAACUAUGAUCAUGAGACUGAAAGCCAAAAUCCAAAAUCUUGAUGAACAAAUGGGUACGGUGAGUGAGAAAAGCUCCAAGUAUGGUCAAAUAGCUGCUGAAGAAGUCCCAAAAGGACUUUACUGCCUUGGUAUUCGGUUAACUACUGAAUGGUUUGGAAAUUCAAAUCUACAGAGAAGAAUGAAUGAGAGAAUGCAAAUUGAGACAAAGCUUAGAGAUAACAUUCUCUAUCAUUUUUGUGUCUUCUCUGACAAUAUCCUUGCAACUUCAGUUGUUGUCAAUUCAACUUCUUUAAAUUCCAAGAAUCCAGAUAUGGUUGUGUUUCAUCUUGUAACUGAUGAAAUAAACUAUGCUGCAAUGAAGGCUUGGUUUGCCAUGAACACUUUCCGAGGAGUUACUGUUGAGGUUCAGAAGUUUGAAGACUUCAAAUGGCUAAAUGCUUCUUAUGUUCCAGUGCUUAAGCAACUCCAAGACUCUGAAACUCAAAGCUAUUACUUUUCAGGCCAUAAUGAUGAUGGCCGAACUCCAAUCAAGUUCCGGAACCCAAAAUAUCUAUCUAUGCUUAAUCACCUCAGGUUUUAUAUUCCUGAAGUUUUUCCUGCAUUGGAGAAGGUGGUAUUUCUUGAUGACGAUGUAGUUGUUCAGAAGGAUCUCUCUGGUCUAUUUUCACUUGAUUUAAACGGCAACGUUAAUGGAGCAGUUGAGACAUGCAUGGAGAAAUUUCACAGGUACCAUAAAUACCUGAACUAUUCUCACCCUCUUAUUAGAGAACAUUUUGAUCCUGAUGCAUGUGGUUGGGCGUUUGGAAUGAACGUUUUCGAUUUGGUCGAGUGGAGAAGGCGAAAUGUUACUGAAAUCUACCACUACUGGCAAGAAAAGAAUGUGGAUCGGACACUAUGGAAACUUGGGACGCUACCACCUGGACUUUUGACUUUCUAUGGGUUGACAGAGCCAUUAGAUCCCUCGUGGCAUGUCUUGGGAUUGGGGUACACAAAUGUUGAUCCUCACUUGAUAGAGAAGGGGGCUGUGUUGCACUUCAAUGGAAACUCCAAGCCAUGGUUGAAAAUUGGUAUGGAAAAGUACAAGCCUCUUUGGGAAAAGUACGUAGAUUAUAGUCAUCCUUUAAUACAACAGUGCAAUUUUCAUUGA